AUGGCAAUUUCUUCUGGUAGAAUACUCCUUGAUGAACUCAUACUGGAAAUUCUGUCAUGGCUUCCUGUGACGAGUCUCAUGCGAUUCAGGUGCGUUUCAAAGACAUGGAAAUUUCUUAUAUCCGAUCCUUACUUGGUGAAAUUGCACCUUGAAAGGUCUUUCAGAAACCCACAAAUCCUCUUACUGACGACACAGAAAUUCAAGAGUCAAUGUUUCUCUGCUCGUUUAUGCUAUCUACCUUGUUUAAUCCAAAAGCCUGCACGCUCUUCUUGUGGUCGUAUCUUGCGAUGCCCCAAACCCUAUAAAUAUUUAUUGGGUUCUUGCAAUGGUUUGCUUUCUCUACAUCACUCUCUUUCCACAAAGGAGUAUGUAGAGCACUGGGUCUGCUUUUGGAACCCUGCCACCAAAAUUUGCUCCAAACCUUCACCAAGACUGCGUCUCGGCACUGAUGUUCGCCAUGAUAUGAAUUUUGGGUUUGGGUACGAUGAUAGGAGGGAAGUUACAAGUAAUGGAUACUCUCUGAAUGGCACUGUUAACUGGAUAGGAGCUUCUUUGGGAGAAUCGAGAACUAAGAAGCUACAAAUAUUUUCCUAUGAUCUAAAUAACGAUACUUUCAGAUGUUUGUCGGUGCCUGAAUUCGUCCCCAUAGAUUUUGCUUUUCUUUCUAUGGGAGUUUUCAAUGGUUGUCUUUGUGUUUCUUUAGAGAAAGGGAAGACAGUCUUUGUUGUAUUGGCAUUGAAGGACGUUCGAGACGAAAGAUCUUGGAGUCGAUUGGUUAGAGAGUGGGUUGAUAGCAUUUCCAGAGAUUGGAGGUUCAAGAGAAUAAUCCCUGCUCACUUUGCUGGUCCAAUAAGUGCAAGCAGGUCUGAUUUUAGGGCUGCAUUUGCAUUUCUGGAUGAGUUUCUGGUGGAAAGCAAUGCUGCAUGGCCUUCACUGUCCCUUCUCUUCUCAUCAAUCAUGGGAAAAGCAGCCAGCUAUUUUCCUCCAGAUGACAUGAGGACCCUUUCAUCCCUUGACCAGUUUUUGGUGUCUGUUGGAGCUGUGAAGAAAACUGUUUCAGGAAGGAAAAGGGGGAGUUUGAUCCUUAAAGAUGUAAAUGUUGUUUGA